AUGAGAAAGUUCAGAAAGACAAGAUUCGUUACGUUUGACAUCGAAACGAUGGAGAGACCGAUUGAGGAAACGACCAAGUCAACAACUGUUCAUUCGGAACUUCGACUUCUUUCCAUCGCAAUCGGGAGUAAUUUUGGAUACCAGCGGUUCUUGAUAAGGCGGAGUGAUGAAAAUGAUGCCGCGAAACAACUUGUUCAAAAAUUUGUCGACGAAAUUGAAGACCUUGCUGUCUCUGAAGAAACGUAUCUUCCCUCUGAGCUAAAAGAUGCAAUCCAGAAUCUCAAAAACAUCGAUAUCAACUCAGUCAAUGCCGAGCGAAAGAUGAAAGUUCGAUAUCUGCGACGAGAGCUCACAAACUAUGCGAAAAUGGACAUUUACGGUUUCAAUAGUGCUAAAUUUGAUUUGAAAGUUUUAAGUCCCUACCUUAUACCCAUUCUUAUGAAAAAGUAUGGGUCAAAAUUCACUAGUAUUAAAAAAGGCACUCAUUAUUUCUCAAUGUCAACGCCAACAUAUCAAUUCAAGGAUGCCAAACUAUUCAGCACUCCAACUGAUUUGGCUGGAUAUCUCAAGCAAGGAGGAGUCGAGGAAGGAAAAGCGAUUUGGCCAUAUGAAAAAUAUCGCAGCGUCUUUGAUAUCAUGAACGAUAAAAAUUUCCCUCCAAGAGAUGAAUUUUUUUCUAGUCUCAAGAAUAAGGAAAUCUCUGAGGAAGAUUAUGAACUUUUCAGAUCUGAGUUUUAUAGAAAUCAAAGACGAGAUCAAAAUUAUUCUAUGGGUCAUUGGCUCAAACACUACAAUUUGACAGAUGUCACCCCUUUUGCGAAAGCAAUUGACAAUCAAUUCAAAUUAUUUUUCGAGACUUUUAAAAUUGACCCUUCUUUCUGUAUGAGCUUGCCCAAAUUUGCGAUGGCGUGUGUUUUUGAAGGUUACUCGAAGAAUUCCCCGCUUACAUUUUCGUUCCACCGAAAUUAUCACAAGGAACACAAACUCUUACGUGAUAAUAUAAUUGGUGGUCCUGUGAACGUCUACUCUCGCUAUACUGAACUUCGACCCGACGUGGAUGCUCCGGAAAAUGCAAAGUUUGCGCCGAAUGGGGAUCCGUUCACAAAGAUAGUCUUUUUCGACUUCAAUGCCUUGUACCUCUUCGCUCAAAAAAUGUUGCUACCAUCCACCCCAGGUAUACGAUGGCAAAAAAUCGACAAUUCCGUCUUCCGCAAAUCGAUCAUGACGACAGAUAACUCUCUUGCCGCACUCCAGUGGCUCACAUAUAUUGAUGAAUUCAGCCCCUUGUUGGUUCAAGCUAAUGGUGAGCGACUCAGACUCGAACAUCAAUAUUUCAGGGGUUGUUAUUUUCAUCAAUACUGCGUUGAUUGCAAUCCAGGUCAGGCUGACCAUGAGUUUGAGAAGAAAAAGCGCAUUUUGUCCAGAAAAGGGACUGUUCAUAUUAUGCGCGAAUGUGAAUGGAUCCAUCGUCGUAAUAGAUAUUAUGUCGACCGUGUUUCAAAAUACUGGGGUCGGAUAUUUAAACUCAAAGAGUCCGAAAAGAGCAUUCUCGACGGCAUUCGAAAUGACGAGAUAUAUGGAUUUAUUGUAGCGGAUGUUUCUUGUCCGAAAGAGGUCUUUGAUCAAAUCUCGUACAUAAAUUUUCCGCCAGUGAUUCAGCGAAUGAAAAUCACAAACGAGCAUUUGAGUCCUUAUAUGAAAGCUCAAUUUGAAAAAACCGGAAGCAAAUGCGAUCAAGAAACGGUCGUACAAACAUAUAAUGGCUUAGAAGUAACUAACAUUCAAUCUUUCACCCAAUUUCGAGCAACUAAAAGUCUAAGUGAUUAUGCUGACAAUAUUACUCAUGGUCGAGUCAAUGCUCUUGAUGACAAGAAUACUGCUCUUGCUCUUGCAUUUAAAACGAUUGGCAAUUGCGGUGGUUUCGGUAAAGCCAUCGAACAGGUCGACCGACCAAAUACCAAAUUUAACAAUGAUAAGCAACUGAAAAAGUCAAUUAUAAAGCCAACAUUUAAAUCUCAUGAGACACUCUCUCAAGAAAACGGUGAGUAUGAAAUUUCCGAAGUCAUUUUCGACAAGUUACGCAUCAAAGAUGACAAGCCAACUGUUCUUGGUGUGGCUAUUCUUCAAAACUCGAAACUUCACUUUCUCUCCUUUGUUUAUAAAUUUCUUCACAAAUACCUGAGACCUGGAUCCUACAAGCUGAACUAUUGCGAUACAGACAGUUUGGCAAUAUCGUUCACUCGAAGCGGAACGGACGGUAAAACAACAAGGUCACAGAUGGAAGCCGCUUUACUACCUUGUGUUCGGGAAGAACUCAUGGACGAAUUUCUACAAGUUUGGCAUAAAUGGAUUGUCCUUGAAGAUACAACUCUAAAUCACAAAACUCCUGGACUUCUUAAAGCGGAAUGGCAAACGAAUAAUGGCGCACUUGUUUGUCUUGGAAACAAGAUGUACUUUGGCUAUGAUGAAGAAAACAAACAGACAAAGCGAUCAACGAAAGGAGUUCCUCACAAUCACGAGCUCAAACUUCAAGAAUUUCUUGAUUGUCUAAAUGAAACUGUAACCACUAGUAACACAUGCAAAGUUCGCAUGUUACGCUCGACUAACGACAAUAUUGUGAAACGAAUUUCCAUCGAAAAGAAAGUUCUCUCGAAUAUUUUUGUAAAGCUUCGAGUCAUGUCGGACGGCGUCACAUGUAAACCACUGACCCUCAACGGGGAAAUCCUUUAA